AUGCAGGUUACUCUUGGAAGUGAAGAGUCAACCAUUGCACUGGAGGCCAACUGCGUUGUUUGCAAACUGUUUCUGGGAUACAAGAUUGAAAAACUGCGGGAUCGUAGCAUUAAAUUACCAAAGGAGGGCCAGUUUUUCCUUGACGUGCAGAAGCUGGAUGCCUACCUGGAGCCCACAGAAGCCAGUCCUGUCCCCUUAUGCAAUAGAGUAUACUAUCCAGGCCCACAGAACCAUGUGGCUCUCGCAAUCCAUGCCGUAUGA